CGGCGCUGAGCGGCGGCGGCGGCGAGCGACGCGGGGCCCGGGGGCGGGGCGGGGCGCCAGCCAUGGACAAUCAGUGCACUGUCCAGGUCAAGUUAGAGCUGGGACACCGCGCCCAACUGCGCAAGAAGCCCACCACAGAGGGGUUCACCCACGAUUGGAUGGUGUUUGUCCGUGGCCCUGAGCAAUGUGAAAUCCAGCACUUCGUGGAGAAAGUGGUCUUCCGGCUGCACGACAGCUUCCCCAAGCCCAAGCGUGUGUGCAAGGAGCCCCCUUACAAAGUGGAGGAGUCGGGUUACGCUGGCUUCAUCAUGCCCAUCGAGGUGUACUUCAAAAACAAGGAGGAGCCCAGGAAGGUAUGCUUCACCUAUGACCUGUUCCUGAACCUGGAGGGCAACCCGCCUGUGAACCACCUGCGCUGUGAGAAGCUCACCUUCAACAACCCCACCAUUGAGUUCCGGUACAAGCUCCUGAUGGCUGGCGGGGUGAUGGUAAUGCCCGAAGGAGCAGAAACGGUGUCCAGGCCCAGCCCCGACUACCCCAUGUUACCCACAAUUCCACUCUCUGCCUUCUCUGACCCCAAGAAGACCAAACCGUCCCACGGCUCCAAGGACGCCAGCAGGGAGAGCAGCAAGGCCUGCAAGACCCACAAGACGGCCAAGGAGCACCGGGAGCGGCCGCGCAAGGACUCCGAGGGCAAGGCCCCGUCCAAGGAGCCGGAGCGGGAGCAGGCCAGGAGUGCCAAGGAUGCCGCGCGGAAGCUGGGCGAAGGCCGGCCGCCCAAGGAGGAGAAGGCCCCACCGGCCAAGGCCGCGUUCAAGGAGCCCAAGAUGGCCCUGAAGGAGACCAAGCUGGAGAGCAUGUCCCCCAAGGGCGGGCCCCCGCCCCCGCCCCCACCCAAGUCUUCCAGCAAGCGGCCGGCUGCCGCCGACUCCCCCAAGCCCAGCGCCAAAAAGCAGAAGAAGAGCAGUUCCAAGGGGUCCAGGAGCGCCCCCAGCACCUCGCCCCGCACCUCGUCUUCCUCCUUCUCGGACAAAAAGCCAGCCAAGGACAAGGGCAGCACCAAAGGGGAGAAGGUCAAGACCGAGAGUGAGCCCAGGGAGAUCAAGAAGCCCCCAGAGGUGGAGGAGUCCAACUCGGAGGACGAGGCCUCCUUCAAGACAGAGUCUGCCCAGUCAAGCCCAUCCAACUCCAGCUCCAGCUCUGACUCCAGUUCAGAUUCGGACUUCGAGCCUUCCCAGAACCACAGUCAAGGACCCCUGCGCUCCAUGGUGGAGGACCUGCAGUCUGAGGAGUCCGAUGAGGACGACUCUUCAUCAGGCGAGGAGGCCUCUGGCAAGACGAAUGCUGGGAGGGAUUCCAGGUUGAGCUUCAGUGACAGUGAGAGUGACAACAGCGCCGACUCCUGCCUGCCCAGCCGGGAGCCCCCUCCCUCCAAGAAACCACCCCCGCCCAACAGCAAGGCAUCAGGCCGGAGGAGCCCGGAGCCCUGCAGCAAGCCCGAGAAGAUCCUCAAGAGGGGCACCUACGACAAGGCCUACACGGAUGAGCUGGUAGAGCUGCACCGGAGGCUGAUGGCCCUGCGGGAGCGCAACGUGCUGCAACAGAUCGUCAACCUGAUUGAGGAGACCGGCCAUUUCAAUGUCACCAACACCACCUUCGACUUCGAUCUCUUCUCCCUGGACGAGACCACCGUGCGUAAGCUGCAGAGCUACCUGGAGGCCGUGGCCACAUGACCCUGGGCCGGGUGCCGGGCCCACUUCGCUGGGGCCCCAGGAGGCCACAUCCGGGCCCCGCCUCCCUCCUUCUCUCUCGACUCACCUGCCCGCAGCACUGCCUUAGUGACCGCCCUGUCCUCGGCCCGCACGGCCAGCUGCACUUUCCUCGCCGGCUCCCGGCCCACCCUCCCCACCACCUUAGCGGGAGCCCUGAGGCUGAGGGGAGGGGGGGGCAGGCCAGCGCCACUGCUCCCCAAUACUCAGGGGCCGUCCCCUGGGCCCCCCUUGGAAAGCAGCUGGUGUUGAAGGCAGCACCAGGCCUCACUUCAGAAGGGGAGGAAAGGUGGCCGGCAGCGGGGGCCUGGUUUCACUGCCUGGGCCUCUCUGAGCAGCCAGGACACUGCCUCCGGCCUUCCCAAACGGUUCACAGCCCGCCCCCCCCCCCCCCCCCCCCCGUGCCCCAGGACCACAGAGGGCCACAGCCCCUCCGCGGGCUCUCACUGUGCUGGGCCUCCGUCUGUAUAGUUCUCUCUAGUGUACGUGUGUAUGCACUGUAGGUACCAGAGCGGCUUCCGGGGGUGCGUUCCCGUGGCAGCAGUGCACGUGGGGGGUGGGGGGUGCGUAAGGCGGGACUUGUAGGUUAAGAUGUUUCCACUGGUCUGGUCGUGGGGCUGGAGGCCGAGCCGGAGCAGCGCCGGCCCCUCUCCAGGCGAGGGGAGGAGUCGCCCCUCCGCGGUUCCCAGGAUGUCUCGUCCUCCCGGGGCGCAGAGGGCCCCGCCCAGGGCCAGCGAACACUACGAUGGGGCAGCAGGUCCGCGGGCGCCUGGGGGGCUCCGCGCGCUUGGCGCCUGGUCAGACUGGCGGCCACCUCCAGGAGCCGACCCCCGGGCCUCCACCAGCCGCAGGCCCUGAUGUGUGUCGUCCCCCCCCCCCCCCCCCGCCGCCCCACGGCUCGUUCUCUUCCUCCUUCCGUAGGACCCUCUUCCCCCCUCUGUCGUUGGAGUCUUCGAACUUUGAAAAAAAAUGAGCUUUUGCCAAAUAAGACGGGAUAGUUUGUGGAGUUUUUUGAGGAGCAUCAGGACUCAGAGCCAGCCCCUCAGGCCAGGGCCCAGCCAGAGGCAGGCCCUUCUGGGCUCACGUGUCUCUGAUUUGGGCCCGGCCCUCCCACCCUGCGAGUCACGCCAGUCCAGAGACCCAGCUCCUCGCAUGCCUGAGACUCUCCAAGGGCCGAGCCGGCUCUUCCUCUUAGCCAGGAUGUCCUCGUGGCGCCGGCCCACCUCGGGUGGGGCUCCUGGGGGCUGGGGCCCUGCUUGCUCAGCCUCCAUUCGCCCAGACCUCGACUCGAGGCUCCCCCUGGCCUCCCCGCCCCAACUUUUGCCCUGAAUGAGAUGUGGGGCAAAGGACCGGGGUGGGGCCCGGAGGUGGGCUCCCCCUCUCCCCCCAGUCCACUGCCAGAGGGUCUCUCCGCCCCCCCGUUCCCGAGGUCCGAUGCGGGGAGUGCCAAGCUCCCCUUCCCUGUGGUUCGUCUGUCAGGCAGACCCUAAACACUCCCGGGGGAGCUCUGCCUCCAAGACUCCCCCAGACUUCAGCCUCCCUGGUGAAAUCCCCAGAACUCGCUGGGAAGGCCUGAGAACUUUUCAGAGGAAACCGCCAUGACUCCUCGCCAUCUGCUCUGAUUCUCUCCUGACCCCACUACCUUGAGGUAUUAGGAAGAGGGCAGGCCUGUGUGGCAGGCUCCGUGCCGUCACCGUCCCCUUCCCCAGGCAGGCCAACAAUACUCCAAAGUGGGGCACCUUUCUUCUCUGGAAACUCUAAGACAUUGGACAGAAGGAACUGGCCUGAUGUGGGCUACGCGGCCGCUGCCCAGCCCUCUGUGCACAGAGGCUGCUGGGGGCCACGCCAGGAGCCUGAGCUGGCCUUUCCCCUUUGGGGGCAUCUCCUGGGAAGGGCCAUAGGCCCUCCCGAGCUCCACAUGGUGACUUGGGCAGCGCUCAGCUCUGGAGCCGGGCCGUGCCCGGGAAGCAGCUGGAGGAAGGCCAGGGUUUGGCCCACCCUCAGUGGCAAGAGUGGCCCCUCCUGCUGUUUCUGGGGCCUUCGGAAGCACCAACCCAUUUCUCAGUUACCUCCUCUGGCCAGAAGGCCCCAGUGCUGGCCCCCUGAUCACCUGAUGGACGCGCCAGGCAACCAGGGCCCUGACCGCAGCAUUGCCAGCUGCUCCCCCGCCCUCCCCCCAGCUGCCCGGCGGCUGGGCCCACAGGGGCUCUGGGGACGCCUCCACAGGAAGGGGCCAGCACUUUGUGAUUGCCGCGUGUUUAGUGUUAAGCCCCCUGCCCCCAGUGCAAAUCCCUGUGUUUUGCUAUCUCCUGAACAAAAUGUAAACCGACACCUGAAAGCAAAAGGUAUCGAAUACCUUUUUUACCCAUAAGGGUUUUUACAAAAAAUGUGUCUCGACUAGGAACUAGGACACUCAUCGGCCCGAGACCAACUCCUGGAUAAAAGGAAUAAAGGAGAAUUGUGUUUGUAAUAAGUUACAGGAUUGUUUCUGUCCUGGAUUUUAAACUUUUUGUUAAAUUGUGAAAUUAUGGAGGAGUUUUAUAGAAAAAAAAAAGUGAAAUAAAGUCAGAUGGGAAAGCA